AGUAAUAAUAGAUAUAUCAUAAAACAUGACCUUGGAAUAUAAAUGUGCUGUUACACAUUCAGUUCGUUAUCUUAAUUAUCCAUUUAUAUAUGAAUAUCAUGAAUAUAUAUUUAAAUAGAAACUUAAUAAUAGUGUUAGUAUAAAAUGUAUAUUCUAGUUAUUAUACCAUUGUUUCUUAACUUGUAUCAUGUUAGAACUUGGAAUGUAUACGGAUAUAUGGAAUCUCAGAUACCAGAGCAAAUACAUAUUGCUUUAGGAGAGCAACCAUCCACCAUAAGUAUUACUUGGGUUACACAAGAAAAUACAGAGAGUUCAACUGUACUCUAUGGUACUAUGCUGUUAAAUAUGAAAAGUACUGGCUACGUUAAAGAGUUUAUUGAUGGAGGACGUGAACAACGCAAAAUGUAUAUACAUCGAGUGAUCUUAUCCGAUUUAAUUGGUAAUACAACUUAUUAUUAUAAAUGUGGUAGUUUAGAUGGUUGGUCAGAUGUUUUGAAAUUUCGUGCUCUCCCAUCUCAUCCUUAUUGGUCACCUAAAAUAGCAGUUUAUGGAGAUAUGGGGACAGCUGAUGCACUUUCACUACCCGAAUUAAUUCAUCAAGUCAAAGAUUUAAAUAGUUAUGAUGUGGUAUUACAUGUUGGUGACUUCGCCUAUAAUAUGGAUUCAGAUAAUGCAAGAGUUGGUGAUCAAUUUAUGCGUAAUAUACAACCAAUUGCAUCAAAAGUUCCUUAUAUGACAUGUGUUGGUAACCAUGAAGCUGCUUACAAUUUCUCAAAUUACAAAGCAAGAUUCACAAUGCCUGGAGGUGAUGGUGAAUCACAAUUUUAUAGCUUUAACGUUGGACCUGCGCAUAUUGUGGCAUUUUCUAGUGAAUUAUAUUACUUUUUAUUUUAUGGAUGGAAAACGUUAGUGAUGCAAUAUGAUUGGUUGAUUAAAGAUUUACAAGAAGCGAAUAAACCAGAAAAUCGAAAAAAUCAUCCAUGGAUUAUUGUAAUAGGUCACAGACCAAUGUAUUGUUCAAAUAAUUUUGAUCCAAUGCAUUGUGAUUUUGAAAACAAUAUUGUACGCACCGGAUUCGACAUAUCACCUGACCAUCAUAAAACUGUAUAUCUUAUGGGAUUGGAAAGCUUAUUUUAUCAGUAUGGUGUGGAUUUAAUCAUUGCUGGUCAUGAACACUCAUAUGAGAGAUUUUGGCCAGUUUACAACAGAACCGUUUGUAAUUCUACAACAAGUCAAAAUCCAUACAAUAAUCCAAACGCUCCAAUACAUAUUGUUAGUGGAGCUGCUGGAUCAAAUGAAGGUAAAGAUACAUUUAUAUAUGGUGGGAAACCUUGGUCAGCAUUUCGAACAACUGAUUUCGGAUUUACUAGAAUGACGAUACAUAACGUUACUCACUUAGAAAUUGAACAAAUCUCAGUGGAAAAUGUAAAUAUUAUUCUCUUAUUUAUUUAAAUACUGAAAUUAAUUAAUAUUUCUUAUGUGUAUUUCCAGAUAACAAAGUAGGAUGCCUAUCGGUUGAUAUAUCAAGUUGGAAUUAUGAAACAAUCAUUUCGUCAUCAACUUGAAAUAACCCUGGAAAGAAAAGGUCAAGUAAUUGAUUCCUUUACAAUCAUCAAGGAUAAACAUGGAGCAGGUUUAUAUACUUGUCAUAAUAAAGAUUCAUUUGAUUACAACAGUAUUAUAGAUGUUUAAUUGUUGUUGUUAUAUAACUCUCAACAAUCAAUAUAUUACUUUCCUCUUUCAAACCUUGUGAUUAUUAAUUUUAAGCAAAAUAUACAUUCUUUUCAGAAGAGGUUUUGUGGAGAUUUCAGAAAUUUCAUCAGUUGAAAUCAUGAGU